AAGUCGACGCAAUUAUUUUUGCAGAAGUGAAGUUGUAAUAGCAAAACACUGAAACAGGCUACAACGUCGACCUAUAUCUGUCGACGUCACUUGCUUUACUAGACAAGAACAUCCGACUCUGGAAGAUAGAUUAGUCCUCGGACUCUCCUAAUUCGCACAGACGCCCAAAUCUUUUUCAUUUUGAAGUCCAAAAAUCUAAAAUCCCCUUUUCCACCUUGCACCACUUCAUACCCCAGCACAACAAUGGUGGCUUCAACAAUUGCAUCGCCAUUGAACUUGCCGAAAGUAUCUUAUCCAUGGCGAACUCCCUCAUCCGUAUCGUCAUCUUCCUGUAAUUUCAGGAAUCAAAAGUUUCCAACAGUUUCCGCGUCGUCAAACCCAUACGGAGAUUUUUCAGCAAAUGGGUUAUCCAGUAAAGCCAACAGAUUAUUGUUAAAGCAUGACCAAAAAGAUACUCGGGCUCUUUCUAAUCCCAGCUAUGGUGUCAUAGAAGCCAGAAAGGGGAAUCCACCAAUCAUGCCUGCUGUGAUGACACCAGGGGGGCCAUUGGAUCUUUCUACUGUGUUAUUUAGAAACCGAAUUAUAUUUAUUGGUCAGCCAAUUAACUCACAAGUUGCACAACGAGUUAUAUCACAGCUUGUUACUCUGGCCACUAUUGAUGAGAAUGCUGAUAUAUUGAUAUACCUGAACUGCCCAGGAGGAAGUACCUACUCUGUCUUGGCAAUCUAUGAUUGUAUGUCAUGGAUAAAGCCCAAGGUUGGGACUGUCUGUUUUGGUGUUGCUGCCAGUCAAGGUGCACUUCUUCUUGCUGGUGGUGAAAAAGGCAUGCGGUACGCAAUGCCAAAUGCUCGGAUUAUGAUACAUCAGCCGCAAAGCGGAUGUGGGGGUCAUGUGGAGGAUGUGAGGCGCCAAGUGAAUGAAGCAGUUCAGACUCGUCAUAAAAUUGACAGAAUGUAUACUAGUUUUACUGGCCAACCUCUAGAGAAAGUGCAGCAGUACACUGAAAGGGAUCGUUUUCUAUCUGUUUCUGAGGCUAUGGAGUUUGGUCUGAUUGAUGGGGUUUUGGAAACUGAAUAUUGAAGUGUGCUACUUGCACUCGAGUAUGUCAUCCUUAGCCGCACAAGAGAGUAAAUGAGAUGCACACUUCUGCACAUGCUAGUGAUUAUUCCUUGGCAUCUGGUUGGAGCAUUCUUCACAGACACAACUGCUAAUGCCUCCGCCACCAAACUUAAAUUUCGUUCCCUCUUUGUUUUGGCAAUCACAGGGAGGAUAGUCCGGAGGAGAUUUUUGUGUCUAUAUGCAUACACAACAGGAAACCAGCACUUUUAGCAGAGGAACGGAAUGUUGUACGUGAAGAAUGUAAUGUAACCAACAAUGUAUCCCGAUUUGCAUUUGUACUCCCUGCAUGUAUCUUGCUUCAUUUAUCAUGAUAUUGCAAAUUUCGUAAGUGUUUGUAGCAGAUUUAUGCACUUUUCUCCGGGUUGAUAACUUGUUAGGUCAUUAAGCGGUCAAUCAUUAUCCAGGAAACAAAAGGCUAACCGGAUGUUCAACUAUUACUCCCUCCGUCCAAUAAUUAUUGUCCACUUUACCCAAAAAAUUUUGUCCCAAAAUUAUUGUUCAAUUUGACUUUUUAUGGAUCAAGUUACAGAUUUGUCCUUAGUAAAAAACAUUAUCCAUUAAAAUCUUUGUGG